AGUAGCUUGGUUUAGCCUGUGCGCGUGCGAAGUAGUGUCUGCGUAAAGUUGAAUGUCUUCUCACCUCCACUAUUUUCGGUGAAUAGUCGCCUAAUUUCAUCGCCUGGACCCGUUGUGGUGUAGAGAAAGCAGUCAGUAAGGCAGGAGGAGGUGAAGUCAUGUUCCGAAUCCUCCAUCAUCAAGGUAAGGGAAUGUGCACCGGCCUCGUGGCCCAGCGGCGCUAUGAGCACCACAGGGCCGUCAUGGCUAUACGUCGCGAGGAUGUCAAUCCCUGGGAGAGGAGGGCGCCACUGGCACCACGACAUGUCAAAGAGCUCACAAAUGCUGGCGUAAAAGUCCUGGUACAGCCAUCCAAUCGCAGAGCUAUUCAUGAGAAGUACUAUAUGAAGGCAGGGGCUAUCAUUCAGGAGAACAUUUCAGAUGCAUCACUGAUAAUUGGAGUGAAGAGGCCGCCGGAGGAGAAGAUCAUUCCCAGGAAGACGUACGCUUUUUUCUCACACACCAUUAAGGCUCAGGAAGCCAACAUGGGGCUCUUGGAUGACGUACUGAAAAAGGAGGUCCGGCUCAUUGAUUAUGAGAAGAUGGUUGAUGCUAAUGGUUACCGGAUUGUAGCAUUUGGCCAGUGGGCUGGUGUCGCAGGAAUGAUUAACAUUUUGCAUGGAUUGGGGCUGCGCUUCUUGGCUCUCGGCCACCACACUCCGUUUAUGCACAUCGGUAUGGCUCAUAACUAUAGGAAUGUGAGCCAGGCCAUCCAAGCAGUCAGGGAUUGUGGGUAUGAAAUUUCAAUGGGGCUUAUGCCCAAAUCCAUUGGACCCCUCACAUUUUGCUUCACUGGAACAGGAAAUGUCUCCAAGGGAGCCCAAGACAUCAUCAACGAGCUUCCUGUUGAAUAUGUUGAACCUCACGAGUUGAAGGACGUCUCUGAAACAGGAGAUAUGACCAAAGUGUAUGCCACCGUCCUUAGCCGACACCACCACCUUGUAAGAAAGAGUGACGGCAUCUAUGACCCCAUUGAGUACGAGAUCCAUCCAGAACUGUACACUUCCCACUUCAGGACCAGCGUAGCACCCUAUACAACCUGUCUGAUCAAUGGUAUUUACUGGGACCCCCACACUCCUCGACUCCUCAGGCGACUGGACGCUCAGAUGCUCAUGAGACCACAAAAAUCCUCAUCUGCAGACAACGAGGGAUCACCAAAGCUUCCUCACAAGCUGCUGGCCAUCUGCGACAUAUCUGCCGACACUGGAGGCUCUAUAGAGUUCAUGAAUGAAUGCACCACCAUUGAUAAGCCUUUCUGCAUGUAUGACGCUGACCAGCAUAUUGAUCAUGACAGCGUGGAGGGAAACGGGAUUCUCAUGUGCUCCAUUGACAACCUUCCUGCUCAGCUGCCAAUCGAAGCCACAGAGUAUUUUGGUGACCGUCUCUUCCCCUACAUCUGGGAGAUGCUACCUUCAGAUUCAACCAGACCAUUGGACGAAGAAGAAUUUAGCCCACAAGUCAGAGACGCUGUCAUCGCCUCUAACGGAAAACUUACUCCAAAGUUUGAAUACAUUGAAAAACUUAGAGAAAGAAGGGAGAAAGCUCAGAUCAUGAAGAAGGCCGGCAUGAAGCGAGUUCUGCUGUUGGGUUCAGGAUAUGUGUCUGGACCUGUUGUGGAGUAUCUGACCCGUGAUCAGGGCACCCAGGUCACUGUGGCAUCGAUGCUAUUGAGCCAGGCAGAGGAGCUGGCAGCCAAAUACCCCAACACCAUCCCUGUCAUGCUGGAUGUCAGCAGCCAAGAAGGACACCUAGACUCUCUGGUCAGAGAUCAUGACUUGGUCAUCAGCUUGCUGCCUUACUCGUUCCAUCCGCUUAUCGCCAAACACUGUAUAAAGAGGAAGGUGAACAUGGUGACAGCCAGCUACCUUAGUCCUGCCAUGAAGGCGUUGCAGAGCAGUGCAGAAGAAGCAGGGAUCACGAUCGUGAGUGAGAUGGGACUAGACCCAGGCAUCGACCACAUGUUGGCCAUGGAGUGUAUCAACAAAGCCAAAGCUGAAAGCUGCACUGUGGAGUCCUACAGCUCAUUCUGUGGUGGUCUUCCUGCUCCUGAAUGCUCAGACAAUCCUCUUCGUUACAAGUUCAGCUGGAGCCCAUAUGGUGUCCUCCUCAACACUACCAGUCCCGCUAUUUUUCUCAAAGACAACCAGGUGGUAAAUGUCCCACCUGGUGGCUCUCUGAUGGAUUCCACCACUCCAAUGGAUUUCUUUCCAGGUUUCAACCUUGAGGGAUUUCCGAAUCGUGACAGCACGAAAUACGCUGAGCCAUACGGCAUCCAGACAGCACACACGCUCAUCAGAGGAACUCUGCGUUUUAAGGGUUUCUCGAAGGCCAUGAGUGGUUUCAUUAAACUGGGUCUAAUCAACAGCGAUCCCAGUCCCAUCCUGCAGCACACUUCAUCACCAGUUUCAUGGAAAGAACUCCUCUGUCAGCAGAUGGAUUUAUCUUCUGUUUCCCAAAAUGUCUUUGAACAAGCUGUAUAUGAACACACAGGGCAGGAUGACUUCAGGAUGGACACUCUGAGAUGUUUAGGGAUGCUUGGCGAUGAGCUAGUGCCCCAUGCAGAGAGCAUUUUGGCUGCCCUUGCAAAACAUUUGGAAACUAAACUUUCAUUCGAUAAGGGAGAAAGAGACAUGAUCGUUUUGAGAAACGAUGUGGGGGUUCGCUAUCCAACUGGGGAACUAGAGACCAGACACAUCAGCCUGGUGGUGUAUGGCGACCCCACCGGCUUCUCAGCCAUGGCCAAGACUGUUGGAUACCCAGCAGCCAUUGCUGCUCGGAUGGUUCUUAACGGUGAAAUCAAUACAAAGGGUCUGGUGGUUCCAAUGGUGAAAGAAAUCUACGAACCAGUGCUGGCCCGGCUGAAAGAGGAAGGACUACACUUCAUUUCCAAAAGCACCCUGCAGGAGUAGAGCUACAACAUCAAGAAGAGCAAAUGACUGUAAAUUCUAGUCUUGUCUACAUUUCAUGUCAUUAAUCGACCUUUAAACUCUUCAGACAGAUUCUGGCUCACCUACCUGCUUUCAUUCUGAGUUUAUAAUAAUACUCUAACAUGCCUACCCAGGAAGGUUGUUUGCUUCCUGAUUUUUUUGAAUUCACAAUAAAAAUUUAAGCAUUGUA